CGCCCGGGCGCGCCGCCCCGCGUGCGCGCGCCGCCGCUGCCGAAGUCCCUGCGAGUGACCUGCCUGUCGCGGGCCGGCGCCGAUUAGAGGCGCUGGUCGUGCCCCUGUGGGGCAAGAGCGACCCCGCGGCGCUGACCGUCGGCGGGCUGCUGGAGAUGGUGCGGCAGAGAGCCAGGACGCACCGUGCGGACCUCCAGCAGCUGUGCCUGCGCUGUGGCGCCGAGCUCGCUGGGGCCUCGGCCGACCUGCCGAGCGCGGCCAGGCUGUGGGAGGGCGACCUGCUGCAGGAUGUGUUCCGGGCUUCCGACGAGCUCUUGGUCACGGCGUCCGCCGACGAGCCGGGUGGCGACCCCGCCGCCACGGUGGCUUGCCAGGAGCGGUCCAGGAGCCGCAGCCAGCGGCGGGCGGCACGGCCGCCACGGCCCGGCGCCGCGUCGAGCGUCUCGGGGAGCCAGGGCGUGGUCUCGAGGCUGCACCAGCACCAAAACAAGGCAGCCGAUGCCGCCCGACCGCCCGGCGCAGCUGCGCGGGCCGCCCGCACGGAGGUCGCGGAGGC